ACUUUACCACAAAAUACUAGUUGCGGCGGUGACGUCGUCAAUGUCACGUGCUCAACAAACCGACAAUUUAUACAAGCAAAUGAACUACAUUUUAUACUCAGUAGAAACAGUGACUGUGAGGAUAGACUAGACUCUAAUGAACAAGUAAAGAAAUGCUACUACUAUUUCUGCUAUCUCUCAACGGGCUGCUGCAGUAUUGCAGUGCCCAGCAAGGUCCUUUUCAGCUCAUCACAAGCAGAGGAGCAGGAAUCAAUCAAAACCAACUAGCAUUAAACUGCAGAGAUGUCAACCUAAUUGACUAUCCAAAUCUUUUCUAUUGGAUAGACAGCACUCAAAGAGAGCUAAGAAAUAUACUGGGAGAAGAAAAGUAUUCACAAAACUCUCAAGGCUUUAACUUUGUGAUUACUCGAGAACUUGAAGGAUUGUACUUCUGUGGUAGUGAUGUGAACACCAUUAGUGGAAUGGAACCUCUUAUAGCUUUUCCAUUAAUAUCUUCUCAACUUGAAUCAAAGAAAGAAACAGUGCGAAUCGGUAGUGAUGCAGUGCUCAAUCCAUUAGUACUCCCUGGAAGUUUAUUAGCACAAUACUACGUUGACUGGCUAGACAACAGUUCACAGACCAUCGGUAGAAUCCAAGGCCCUCGUCGAAGUUUGUUGCCAUUGGAUCCCAACUCAAGAUACUUUGUUAAUCCAGAAACUUUUGCUCUCACUAUUCAAUCAGUAUCCUUCGAUGACAGAGGCAUAUACUUCGGGGUUGUGGGUGUGGCUGAUCCUGCAGGACAAAUGUUUCUGUACACGCAGACUCAGAGGCUAGGAGUGACCCUUGAUGUGUAUGUCCCACCGACUUUUAUGGAACCACCUGAAUCUCAAGUUGUUGUCUUAUCCACUUCUGAUGCCAACCAAUUAGUAACGUACUACUGCAGAAUAAGAGGAUACCCUUCACUGGAGAUUUCCUGGAAGCAUAACGGCAAAGAAAUUUUGAGGAACGGAAACAAAUACAUAUUGAAUUUUUCAAGAGUAGAAGAUACUAUUUUUGAGAGCUCUUUUGCGAUUCAGAGUCUGGAUAAUUAUGACAGUGGGAACGUGACUUGUACAGGCACUAUUAGACCGGGUGAUGGCGAGUCGGCUAAAACCACUGCAACAGCUUUCUUGUCAGUGUUAGGUGAAGUGCAGAGAUUGUCUACAUUCAUCACAGUCUCACAAACUAUUAUCUUUCGGGUAUUUCUUGAGGUACCCAUACCAGCUGAAGUGCAACUGUUUAUCAAGUACACUGAUAUUGACACUGGUGAUUCACUCAAUACCAUAACUCUCAGCCGUUUCACUCAGUCGCAGGAAAUUACUCACUUUGAUGACACGAUGCCUUACCAACGCUUUACAGUUGAUGUUGCACUAAUGCAUCAGUCUAAUACUGGACCUCUGAAAGGAGACCAAGUUACACACGAUCGAUCGCUACCAACUGAGCUGUCAAUUAUCCUUGUGACGUUCCUCGUUCCCGGACUUUUCCUGCUCCUUGCACUCAUCAUCAUUGCCAUAGUUUUGAUUGUUCUACUCUGCCUCUGUUUCGGACGAAAAAAAGCCUUGGAAUGCUCCUUCAAAGCCAACACAAAAGGUGCACAAACAAAGUUUGUCAACGACAAUUUGCCUGGCCAAUUAACACUAAACCAGGUACUGGAAGCUUUGAAGCAAAAAUCACCUAAGAUCCCAUCUGAAGAAACCAACGGCAAACCGGCAGGUGCAGUUUCUGGUCCGACAUAUCCAGGUGCUAUGCCCCCUGAGGAAGAACCACCUGUGACUACCAGGAGGAAAUCAAGUACAACUAAACGACACUGGCGACCAUUUUGUUUCCGAGAGAGUGCUGAAGAGAAGGAAACUAAGAAUACUUUUAAAACUAUCAAGGAAUUGCUCAAGCCGUCUAUCACAUAUACUAUGCUAAAUAGUGAAGACGCUGCAGAUACAAGACAACCAGCUGAUAUAGAGGAGACUGUUUCAGUAUAUAGUGGGCAAGGAUAUUGUACCCAAAAAGAAACUUGUGUGUAAGUUUAUUUUUAGUCAUGCACACCAAAAACACAUAAUUAUGUUAUAUGGGAUGCAUCAUCGUGCUGUUAAACUGACAGAAAUUUAUGUCAUUUCUACAUUAAAUUUCAAAUGAUGCAUUUUAUUUGAGAUGUUUUAUGUUAUUAAAACGUAUCUGUUUUACAUAAUUAUAUAUAUAGACUGUGUGUUAUAUUAUAGCUAGCAUUGACAGUUUGACACUCCAUUUUUCAUGAUUGUUAAUAAUUUAUAGUGAG